AUGGUAGCUUUCCGGCUGAUCGCGUCGAACUUGCCGAGCGUAAGGACGACGGUCGACGGAAUAGAGCUCACUGUCACCAAGGUAAGCGUGAGCGAUGCCAUCGACGGGCGUAUCCCGCUGCGAGACGUGAGCGCUGCGACUGGCGUGGGAAUGAGUCUGCCCGCGUCGCUUCUUGACGCCAUCGGAGUUGAGAGAGCGCUGGUCUUGGUCGCAAGCCUCCCCGCGUCGGCCGCGCCCGCGGGAGCUCCAGUCACGCAGGUGGAGGGCGCGGUCAGCAUCUCCUUGAAAUCUGUCGAGGACGGUUUGGCCCUGUCAGUGACAGGCCUCCCCGAUCCGAUUGUCAUCGACCUGCUGAACGAGAGCGACGGCCUCGCUUGCGCCUAUUUCGACAGAGCCGCGCUGGAAUGGAGCUCCGAGGGCAUGGCAACGACGCGCCGCGCUGACGGCGCGCUGCGGUGCGCAACUGCGCGCUUCACAGUUUUCGGGGCCAUGCUGAAGGGCAUCCUGAGUUCGCUUGAGCGCAGCCAGGCCAGCCUUCUGUCAGCAGAGUCAUACGCGGAGCUGUGGACAGGCGACUGGUCGGGCUCCGCGGGCUCGGUGUUGUUGCGCGGUGUGAUGUUGUUGUCGCGCGCGCGUGCGACGUCGGGGGCGAGCGGGCGGGCCGCUGGGGCACGACGGGGGCCCGUUGCCUGCCCGACGACGCGGGCGAACGGGUGCCGCGCCGAGACGGGCGCGCCCCGGGUGGCCCUGCUUGGCGCCGAGCGCGCAAGCGCCACCAAGGUUCUGCGCGUGUUUUUCUGCUUGGAAGGUCCGAGCCGCAGCGCCGUGGGUACCGAGGACCUCGCCGCGGCGGGCGCGCCUCGGGCGGCUCCGCCCCGCGCCGAUCGCGCGUGCGUUGCGGAGGCGUUGCGCGAGCAGUUCUGCGAGAAAUGGUCAGACGGCAGCGUCGCGACAGUGGGUGCCACGCGGUUGCAGCUGCAUCGUCAAGGGCCAGCUGUGGGGCAGUUGCAGUCUGCCCGCCAGGCGGUCCAGCAGGGCGCAAAGGCAUAUUGUGAGGAGCUGUUGCAGGGCGCGUUCUUGGAAGUCGUCAGCAUCGUCGCCAAGUGCGUCGACGGCGCCCGGCAAGCUGUCGAGGUGUUUGUCAUUUUCGCACGGGAACUUCUCAGGGGCAACUUCAGCCUCGAGGAUCUGGCCGAGAUGCUGGCCGAGCGGAACGCGACGAACCAGGUGUUCGCGUCCCGCCUCGUGCAUCCAGGCGAUGUGGACUUCUUGCUCAGCCCGGAGGGCGUCGCGCUUCGCGCGUUCGCCGGUCUCGCUGCCGAGGGCGGCGUCGCCAAGGCCGAGCGGCGGCGCGAUGUGCUGUCUGAGGUGGUCGGCAGGGCGCGGGCGGCCCGCGAGAGCUCGCCGCGGCGUCGCCGUUCCCGGUGCCACGCGGCUCGCGCGUUGAUGCUGUCCUUCCUGAUCAAUUGUCCUGUCGGCGCGGGGCGCCUCCUCUUCUCGCUGCUGCGGGCUCUGGCGGUGACCGGUCCGGCGCUGCGCGCGCGGCGGCGAGCGCGGCGAAGGGUGCGCGGGUGCAAGGGCGGGAUCCUGAGAUUGCUGGCGCGGGCGGGGUCGCUCGGGAAAGGCGUGGGCAGGCUGGCUCCGCGAACCCGCGAGAAACUUCGCUCCGCGUGGGUCGAGUUCGCGAUUCGUCUCGCGGAGCGAUUCAGGAACAUCAGUCCGAGACGGGAUAUCUGA